AUGAGUUACAGACGUCCCAUUCCUCACAGAGUAAAUCCUAGUUAUGUUCCUCCUAGUCGUCAUACCAUUUUCAUCCGUGGUCUACCCGGAUCGACCAACGUAGAUUCCGUCAAGAACCACUUUUGUCAAGAAACUGAUACAAAGUGCACAGUCGAGUUUUUCUCGACAUCCGAUGACAAAGUUAAGUUCUCCGUUGCGAUUAGGUUUAAAAGCCAUGAACUUGCACGAGAGAUGCUUACAAGAUACAAUGGAAAGGAAUUAUUCGGUCACCCUAUUGAAGUUACCUGGUUCAAAGAUUUAAAAAAAGCUAGAGCUCGAGCAUAUGAAGAACAGCGUCUCAAUAGAUUUCGUUCAGUCAGAGGAUUUCGAGGAAAUCGGAAUUAUCAGGAUCGCAGAAUUCAUGGUUAUUCACCAAAUCAUGGGAGGGAGCGGUCAUAUUCCGGAGGUCCACCUUCAAACCGUCGUUUCAGUAGGGGAAUAUCAUGUUCUUCUCAUUGCUCUUCCCGUUCGCAUUCUGGAUCUCCUAAACGACGUUCUAAUCGGAGAUCUCGUAGUGCGUCAUCUCGUUCCCGUUCGUCUUCUCGUUCUCUGUCGAAUCGAUCUUAUCAAGCGAAUCAUGCUGCACCUGAAAGGAGAUCUGGGCAAAUUAGAUCGCCAUCUCAUUACUCAAACGCCCCAGCGCCUACUUCUCAACAAGAACAUGACGAUAAUAACCUUCUUAAUGAUCUGAUCCAUCUCCAAGCUAAAAACGUUAAAUGUAAACCGUCACGCUAUCGUAAUUCUCGUUCCCGUAGUCGGUCUGGUUCAUCAACUCGUUCUCAGUCUACAUCAGCUCCUAAACGACAACAAAAUCAGAGACAUCGAUCCCCUGUGUUGCCAAAUUUAAUUUUAUCCAAGAAUCAAUCGCCAGAGAAAGAUCAAUCUUCACUACCAAAUCUCUCCGGCUCCAACUGGCGUCCGUUAAAUUUAACUGAGGAGUUGUCAACUGAUGAACCUGAACCGCCAGCAAGAUCUCUCUUUGCUGCUUAUAGCGGCGGCAGUAACAACAACAACAGUGACAAACCCAGGUUAAAUGGUGGAAAGAUUAUUCUUUCUCCUCUAGUGUCUCAAAAACGUUCGAAUGAAAGAUCUUUAUCUGAGAUUGAUAACAUUUCUCACAGUAGUUGUGAAAGAGAAAGAGGACGAAAAAGAAAUGGAAGUGGUGAUAUGGCUUCUCCGAUGGGUGUGGAAAAUAAUCAUAGCUUUUCCUCAGGUCAACGGGAGAAUUCUUCCCAAAAGUCAAAGGAUGUUCUUAUUCAGGAAAAGAAGGCGAUUAUAGAGGAGGAGUAUAAAAAGGAAUGUGAAACGUUUGCUACUGUUGCAAAGGUAUUCAUCAGCAAGGACGAUACAUUGGAAGAUAAACUUCUGCCAUUACUAAAAACGAUUCUGCAUGAAAGGGGCCAGCAGAGUGUUGAGGAAUUGCGGCUUUACAUUUACAACUUGGAGACUGUCAAUGGAAGCGCUUGA